AUGGAGCCACGGUGUCCGUUGAGAAAGGAAAGCAAGGAAGCCGCGGUUGAUGCAACGCUCUACUGCAGCGUGAUCGGCAGCCUGAGGUACCUCGUACACACUCGCUCGGACAUUUCGUUCGCCGUGGGUUUCCUGAGCAGGUUCAUGGAGGCGCCAGCAGCAGACAACUAUGCAGAAGUGAAGCACCUCCUUCGAUACAUAGCGGGCACGCUGAGCUAUGGCUCCGUGUACCGCUACGGCGACGGCGAGUCCCUGACAGGCUUCAGCGACUCCGAUCACGCCGGCGACGUGGACACCAGGAAGAGCACUUCUUGCGUGCUGUUCUUUCUUGGUGAAAGCCCCAUCAGCUGGCAAUCUCAGAAGCAAAAGGUCGUCACAAUGUCAUCUUGCGAGGCGGAGUACAUCGCGGCGGCAAUGGCGGCUUGCCAAGGCAUUUGGCUUGCGCGUCUCUUCGGCGAGCUGAUGAAUCAACCAGGGGCGUCGUUCUCUCUGUUCAUUGACAACAAGUCUGCGAUCUCCCUCUGCAAGAACCCAGUUCUCUAUGAUCAUAGUAAGCACAUCGACCUUCGAUAUCAUUUCAUUCGUGAUUAUGUUGAGAAGAGAUGGGUGGCCGUGGAGUUCAUCGGUACAAGGGAGCAGAAAGCAGACAUACUGACGAAGCCGUUGAGCCGUGUUCGCUUCCAGGAGCUGCUUGGCAAGAUUGGGAUCGUCGACGUCAAGCUCGUUCACCAGGGUUGA